UUAGUGUGUUUUGUUUAUUUCUACGUGUAAUUCUUUCUUGUUGUAAGAGUUUUUGUAAACACUAUUUUGAAGCGAUUUUUGAAGGGUUUUCCUCGAAAUAUAGCCUUACACAACUAUCCGUUGCAAGAACACACAGUGAAAACCAGCGAUGGCUAUUUACUCAGCAUCUAUCGCAUACCAGCAAUGGUGAGAGCUCACUCAGGACCUGCCAAAAGAAACGAAGUCGUACUAUUACAACAUGGUUUCACGCUCUCUUCUGAUGUAUGGGUGCUGCGCGGCCCCAAAGAAGACCUACCUUACUUACUUGCCGAUGCUGGUUACGACGUCUGGCUGAGCAAUCAGCGUGGCAAUGAGUAUGGACACAAACACAGUAACUUAGAUCCCAUAGUGGAUAGAAAAUACUUUUGGAAUUUCACCUGGCACGAAAUGGGCUACUAUGACCUGCCUAAUAUAGUAGAUUAUAUACUUCAUGAAACCGAUGAAAAGUCUUUGCACUAUGUAGGUUAUUCACAGGGUGGCUUGGUUGCGUUAGUACUGCUGAUGACACGACCCGAAUAUGCCGAAAAAUUUAAAUCAUUGCAAUUCACUGCGCCCACUGUCUAUAUGCGGAAUCUCAGUGUGCCGGUGCCUGCUUCGUGGAUCGGUAAGCUGCGAAACUAUUUGUCACACUUCCUAGAUUGGUGGGGCUAUGGCGAAACACUGCAAUUUGCGCGUUGGAAUUUGCAUAAACGGAUGUGUAAGGCGGUUUGUGCCGAUGGCGCCUGGCUCAGACCGAUUUUUAAGAAAAUAUUUGGUAUGAUCGGUGGACCGGUGGCUGCGAAUGAGGAUUAUGAGCAUAUCUUAACGGAAAUUUGUAAGAGUGUACCGGUGGGCGCUUCUAGCAAGCAACUGCUUCACUAUAUGCAGUUAUACGCCUCGGGCGGUUUCACGCAAUUCGACUAUGGCAGUGCUGAUCGUAAUUUACGCCAAUACGGUCAAGUGGUGGCACCCAGUUACAAUGUGAGCUCCAUUAAAAAUUGCAUAUCGAUAUAUUAUAGUGAAACUGAUAAAAUGUGCGGAGCGGAAGAUGUGCGUCAGCUCGGGAGAGAUCUGCAGUGUGCAGAGCUGCAUCUUUUGCCUUAUGCGGCAUGGAAUCAUGGAGAUUUUGUAUGGUCGCGCUAUGCUCGGCAUGCGCUGCAUGAACCUAUCAUAGCGAAAAUUGACGCUUGGCGGGAUGGUAUGAAAAUGAGAAUUGCGCACUGACACGGAAAACUCAGAAAGUUUAGGCUAACGGUUUGUUUGUAAUUUAUAAAUAUUAUUAUAUUUAUUUUCUCUUAUUGAGAAGCUGGUUGAUUUAAAUUUAAAUAAUUUAUUUGUUCUCAAAAUUAUUGUGCAAUAAAGUUUUAAGAAUUGAAUAUAAUUUCUCU